CUUCAAUGUCAUUUCUAUGGGCUUUAUUUCUGGGCCUAUAUAUAACAUAGACAAUCGUCAGCGAAACAUACACUGCGUUCUUUGAGGGUUUAGGGUUUAUACAUCCACACAUCCGUCUCGCCCUUUUCAAGAUUACUAGAUGGCCAUAAAAAAGCCCACACCAGAAUUGUUACCUGAAGAUCUCGAUGUGGAGGCUUCUGAAUCGGAACAAGAAACAGAUUCUGAAUCAGAAUCAGAGUCAGAAGGAGAUGAAGAUAUAAAAUUAUCAGAACCUUCAAAAACCUCCAUAUACAACAAAGAAGGUCUACUCGAUAAACUUAAUGACAUCACCUGGCCUGAAGACAUUGACUGGAUCAACAAACUAUCACUAGACAUCCAACAAGAACAAGAAGUAGAUGUCAAUGAUGACCUGGCACGUGAGCUGGCAUUCUACACUCAAGCACUAGAAGGUACACGUGAAGCCUUUCUGAAAUUCCAAACCAUGGGCCUCCCAUUCCUUCGCCCCACAGACUACUAUGCUGAAAUGGUGAAAACCGAUUCCCACAUGGAGAAAAUCAAGGGAAGACUUUUAUCUGAAAAGAGAAGAAUGGAAGAAGCUGAAGAAAGAAGAAAGAUGAGGGAUAAUAAAAAGAAGGCUAAAGAAGUACAAGCUGUGAAACAGAAAGAGAGGGUGAAACAGAAGAAAGAUGAGAUUGAAUCUGUUAAGAAAUGGAGGAAACAAAGACAACAAAGUGGGUUUGCUGAGAAGAAAGAUGGUGACAUGGGUUUGCCAUUUGAAGGAGGAAAGGAAUCAGAUACAUUUAAGAAGAAUAAGAGACAAGGGGUGUCACCAUGGGAUAGGUCAGGUGGAAAAGGGAAAGGGAAAGAGCAAAAAGGAGGGAAUGGAAAUGGGAAUGGAAAGAGGAAGAGUAGGGAGUUUAGGGAUUCAAAGUAUGGGUUUGGUGGAAAGAAAGGAAUGAAGAAACAAAACACUGCUGAAACUACUAAUGAUUUUAAAGGGUUUAGAAACAGUGAUUCUGGUCAAAACAAGAAAAGAAAGAAGUUUUGAAAGAUUUGAUGGAUGCUUUUCAUUGGUGUACUCUAUGUUGUUGAUCCACAUCAGUUUUGUUUGUUUUGGGUCAGAUUUUCAAGUUUUAAAAUCGAUAUUUUGUUUUCAUUUUGUGGCUUUAUUUAAGUUGAAUGUUACAUUUUACUAUUUUAGUUUCAUUUAGGAAUCAAAUGAAGAUAUGACAUUUUGGUUUUGA